CCCGCGGAAAUUUCAUAUCGUACAUAACCUGAAAAAAAUAUUGAUAUACAUAUGUGAUCUAAGCAUCUAUAUAAUGUUUCAGUAACAGAUUUUAUGUAGUUACGAAAUGGGGUUAAUUAAAUAAUUACAAAGAAAUGCAAAUGUUAAUUGAUAUAUCAGGAUGGAUAGAAAUAACAAGAUAUCGAGUUAAUAGAUGAAAAUGUGUUGCACCAAAUUUUAAAGAAAUUUACAGUAUGGAAGAUUUAAAAUGUAAAUUUUUCGGUCUUAUUAAUAAACAGAAUGCAAUCAAGAUACCACUUAUGGGUUUACAUCCAGAUCUAUUGAAUCCAUCAGAAUCACAAAAAUCAGAUGAAAUACAAUCAGAAGCUGAUCAGUCAACAGAAAGUGAACCUAUUCCUGAUCAAGAUAUAUUAGAAUCUAUAGAAGGAAUUUAUUUUAAUACAGAUCAUAAUUUUGAUCCUUGUAGACAUGAAUUAGAAAAACUACCAAAGGUAUUGCAAUCUAAAGAUAUUGAAAAAUGUUACAAAAAACUGAAACAACAACAUCAAGUUGUUUCAAAAAAAGUUCUACAACUUAUUUUACAAAAACAAAGUGCUUGUAGCAAAGAAUUUGCAAAAAUUUUAUUAAUACAAGAACAGUUACAAGAUGUAUUAGAAAUCUGUAGAAUGGGAAGAGCAGAUUUAAAAUUAGCUGAAAGACAAUUUACUACAGCUAGUUUAGGAAUUUUAGCAAAUUAUAAAAAACGACAGAUUGUAGAAAAAUUAUUAAAUAAUUUAAAUACCAUAAAAACACUGCAACGUACAGGAGAUAGAUUGCAAGAAUUAUUAAAUGAAAAGAAUUAUCCUAGAGCAAUUUCAUUGCUUUUAGAAUGUCAAAGUGCAGCACAAACAUAUAAACAUUUUCAUUGCAUUGCUGCUUUAAAUGGAAAAUUGCAGGAUAUUUUAGAACAAGCAGAAGAAGCAUUGGAUAUAACAUUGUCAAAGAUGUGUACACAAUUUGAUGUAACAAUAUAUACAUCCAUUCAAGAAGCUUAUACUUUAUUAGGAAAAACUCAAUCUGCAAUGGAUCAAUUGCAUAUGCAUUUCACUGCUGCAAUUCACAAUACUGCUUUUGCAGUUGUUCAUUCAUAUGCAGGUGGAGAUACAAAAAAACAAUAUAAACAACUUUGUCAAUCAGUACCUCGUGAAAGUUGCAUUAUUUGUUUAACAGAAUUAUGUAAAUCACUCUGGACAAUAUUAAGUUCUUACUACUUGAUAGUAAAUUGGCACAAUACACAAAAAAAUAAAAUUGAACAUAAAACUGAUAUAAAAAAUCUAGAAGAAACUUUCAGCAAACAAUAUGUAAAACAUAAAUUAGAAAACAGUAUGAUUCGAGUAUGGCACGACGUCGAAAUGAAAAUAUCGAUAUUUUUGAUAAAUGCUGAUUUGACUUAUAUCAAAUUUGAACAGUUUGUUCAAGUUUUAGGAAUAGUUAAUAGAUUAAUGGAAAUUGGAGAAGAAUUAUGUGGUUUCAAAUCAGAAAAUUUGCAAGAAUCUAUAAGAAAACAAUCAUUAUCAUAUUUUUCUCAUUAUCAUGCAUCAAGAUUGGAUGAACUUAGAAUAUUUUUAGAAAAUGAUGGUUGGGAACUGUGUCCUGUUAAAUCGAAUUUUGUAGCAACGCAACUACAAGAAUUUAAAAGUUUAAAACCAUCUUUAACUAGUUGUAAAGUAUGGAAUAAUUUUGAUUCGAAUGUUGGUGAAAAUGAUAGUAAUAUAAGCACAGAAUGGAUUCAAAAAUAUUUAGAAGGAGGUGCAUCUCCAUUUUCUAUAGGUUUAGAUGAUACAAUGGAUGAAGAUAUUUUAAUAAGCAAUGAAGAUAAUCCUCCAGCUUAUUUUUCUGACGAAUCGGAUGAUGAUAUUCCAGAUGAAUUAAAACAUGAAUAUGUCGAUGAUUCAGAUAAUAUCAAAACAAAUAAAAAAAAAAGUAAACUAAAACAAUCAGGACCUAUGGUUACAAAUACGACACUAAGUAUAUUGCGAAUUUGUGGAAAGUAUUUACAGAUGUCUAGAUUAUUACGAUCAAUUGCAAUCACCGUUAUACAGAGUAUGAUACAGUUUUACGAAUUAUGUUUUUAUACUGUACAUUUAUUUUUUACUUCAGACUUACAAAUAAAUAGUGAUUCUUUGUAUAGUCCAAAAUUAAAGUUAUCUUUAGCAAGAAUUAAAGAAAAUUUAAUUAUUUGUGAAAAUGAUACAGAAGAUAAUAUUAAAUUAAACUCUGAUAAAGUGCGUCAGCCACAACUAUCUUCCAUUGUAAAUUUAUCACAACCAGAAAAACUUCAUGGUUUGACGGAACGUAUUGUAGGAGUGGAAUCUUUAAUAUUUUUAGGCCAACAAUAUGAAAGUUUGAAAGCAUAUUUAGAACAUCUUAUUGGUGCUAGUCCUCAACGCGGUUUUCUUCAUCAAUUUUAUAUGCAAACAAUAGCAUCGACUAUAGAUCUAAGGAAACCAGUAUAUAUGGCUGUAGCAUCCCAAACAUUUGAUGUAGCAAAUAUUUUAAAUUUGAUGAACAAAGUUAAUUGGGAAGUGACUGAUGUUAUGUCUCAACAUAGUAGAUAUAUUGAUGCAUUACUUCAGGAAAUAUCUGUUUUAAAUGAAAGAUUAAAAAAUAUCGGGAGUUGUCUUCCUUUAGCAGAUGAUGUAUAUAAUUCUAUUUGGGAAAAUGUAGCACAUUUAAUAACUCAUACAUUAGUAGAAGGAUUUUCUAAUGCUAAAAAAUGCUCAAAUGGUGGUAGAGCACUAAUGCAACUCGAUUUUACGCAAUUAAAAUCGAAAUUUGAGAUAACGACUUCUUUAAGACCAAUGCCUCAUAGAGAAUAUGUUGAAUUAUAUAUUAAAGCAUAUUAUCUUCCAGAAAAUAGUUUGGAGGAAUGGAUAAGAGAUCACAAAGAAUAUUCUGUUAAACACUUAAUUGGUUUAGUUUCUUCAGCUUGUCAAAACAAUAAAAAAACUCGACAACGUUUAACUGCGUUUAUAGAAGAACAACGCCCUGCUAGAUAGCAUAUCCAUUAUAAUACGUCUCAAGAUUAUAUUGAAAUAGAAAUUGCAUAAAGAAUAA